UUAGUCUCUUGGCUGGUUUCAUCCUGCCGCCCAGAUACUCCCCACUCGGCCCCAGUGCUCAAGUGCAGCAUCUCACACCCACGGCCAAAGCAGACCACCAUGCUUCCCACAACGGCAUCGAGUCGAGCAUGCAAUGUACAGUACCUGCGUGAGGCUGGCCAUUUCUACCGUCCAAGAUCUCCCACAGAUCGAUCUUCAGGGGCCGGCGGGAGGCCGCGCAAGUGACGCACUGGACUCACUCGGCAAACAGGCGGGCUGGCCAACCGCCCCGACGGACCACUUGGCGCCCAGCGCUUGGCACCCUGCCUAUCGAUCCGGCUCAUUUCUUGCUCGCCCUUCUCUUGUUCGUGCCGCAGCCGUCGUCACGGCGCCUACGGAUUACAGCCCAGCCCACCACCGGCGGGGUUGUGGAGCAAUGGAAGCCCGGAGAAGAUGGAGAAAGUUUGCUGCGAGAUCUGGGGCGCGGGGGCCAUGUCGAAGAUACCCUUUCAGCCAUGUCGAAGCGGGAGUCUUGGCGAGACAAGGACAGGCGGGCACAGCAUUGGACAUGACACAGCCUGAAGCCAAAGGAAAUCAUCCCUUUGAUGGCUGGUGCUCGGCCAAGACGCAGCCAAGCGGGCCAAGUGCAUAGCACGCUGUCACUGCCACCACUGGGCGCCCGUCCAGCUGCCGUCUUUCCCUUUGUUUCUGGUUCUUGUUGGUCGUCCAACGGCUGCCAGUGCCAAAUACGAUUGCCCAGCAAGCCCAGGAACCAGUGAAUCGCCCAACCCCCCUGAGCCUGCGCGGCAACACGGGCUCCAGGCUUGGUUGCCACGGGUUUUGCGACCAUGUCUUGGGCGUUACUUGGCUGAUGACCGUCAUCAGCCAGUGUGUCCCUUUCAUACACUACAUACAGUCAGAAGACGGUCCACUCACUCCUGCAAGGCACCCCCCCAUCUGCCGUGUCUCUUUUUUCACCCUCUCUCCCCCAUAACAAUAAUCUUCACACCCUUCCCAUUCCGUCGUUGCUUCUACUGUUACCGUUACUGUUGCUGCCCGUCACUCUUUCACGAUCCGUAGUGCUGCCGGCUGGCUUCACUACCCUCAGCAGUCUGCUGUAAAUAUGUCACCACGCUCGUUCUUCCUCUUAAAAUGUCUCUCCAUGGUUGGAGUUGCGUCGGCUGCGCUGGAUGUGGACCUCACCGAUGCCCAGUCAAUCAGAGAUAACGCAGCUCUGGUAGCGUACGACCUCAUGACCUUCUACAAGGGCAACCUGUCUGGACAGAUCCCCGGCAUCCUGCCAGGUCCUCCUCCAGAUGGCGACUACUACUGGUGGCAAGGUGGUGCCAUGUGGGGGGCCCUGAUCGACUACUGGCACUACACCGGCGACACGUCCUAUGUCAACACAACCACCGAGUCGCUGCUGUUCCAGACGGGCCCGAGGAAUAAUUACAUGCCUCCGAACUGGACCGCAUCCCUAGGAAACGAUGACCAGGCCUUCUGGGCCCUCAGUACCAUGGCCGCCGCCGAGGUGCGGUUCCCAGACCCUCCGCAAGACGACGUCCGGCAGUGGCUGGCCCUCACACAGGCCGUCUUCAACACACAGGCACACCCAGACCGACACGACGACACAUGUAACGGUGGGCUGAGAUGGCAGAUCCCCCCCAGCAACAACGGUUAUAACUACAAGAACACCAUCGCCAAUGCUUGCUUCUUCAACAUCGGCGCCCGCCUUGCUCGGUACACCUCCAACGAGACGUACUAUUCCUGGGCGUUCGACACCUACGACUGGAUGAAAAGGGUGGCGUACAUAGACCCCGAGUACAAUGUCUACGACGGCGCCCACGUCUACCACAACUGCACCGACAUCAACCGGGCGCAGUUCUCGUACAACUCGGGCAUGCUGCUCCAGGGCGCGGCCUUCAUGUACAACUGGACCAUGACGCAGUCGGACAACACGACCAAGAGCCAGCAGGAGGCGGCCUACUGGGAGCAGGAGAUCCGGGGCCUGAUGAACGGCACGCUGCGGGUCUUCUUCCCGGACGGGAUCGCGCACGAGCCGGCGUGCGAGGACGUCGGCACCUGCACGAGCGACAUGCUGAGCUUCAAGGGCUACGUGGCGCGCUGGAUGGCCGUGACGGCGCAGCUGGCGCCCUUCACGCGCGACUCGAUCAUGCCGGCGCUGCGGACCAGCGCCCAGGCCGCGGUGCGGACGUGCACGGGCGGCGACAACGGCCGCAUGUGCGGCUUCAAGUGGCACCAGAACGAGUGGGACGGCAGCACCGGCGCCGGCCAGCAGAUGAACGUCCUCGCCACCAUGACGGCCCUGCUCAUGACCGACAACGAGAUCACGGGCGACGCGGCGGGCGGGUCCGGCGGGGCGCCCAUCACCAACGCGACGGGCGGCACGAGCGGUGGUGACACCGCGGCUGGCUAUGGCGACGAGAGGCCCUGGGAGGACCUGUACGAGCCCAUCACGACGGGCGACAAGGCGGGCGCCGCGAUCCUGACCAUCAUCCUGGUGAGCUUCCUCACGGCGGGGUGCGUGUGGGUCUCCCUGGACGAGGGCUUCAGCAUCGGCAGGUGAUGGGAGGAAAUUCAUUGGUUGAUUCUGCGUGUGACAAAAGGCGAGGGUGGCGUUUUGGGAGUUGAUACCCCGUGGGACAGGGAGACCAGGUUACAUCUUACGGCCGCACCACACGUGAACAGCGUCUUCUGUUUGUUUGAGGCAUUUGCUUGGAUAUCAUAUCUACAUUAAUAUCUCACCAUUGUACAAGCGACAAUUUACAGAUAAAAUAAAUUAUUCAAAAACG